UAGCCGCACUUAAAAAUACAGCCAGCAACAUCAACACAAUCAGUACGAUUUGCCGAUUUAGUUUUCUAAAAUUUAUGAGAAAAACUUAGUUUAACUGUUUGUUAUUCAUUUAAAAUUAUAAUAAGUCGAAAAACAAGAGUUCAAAGUCCACAUACAAUAUGGAUGAUGAUGCGGAAACCUACAAACUUUGGAGAAUUCGCAAAACAGUCAUGCAACUGAGCCACGAUAGAGGUUAUCUCGUAACGCAAGACGAAUUGGAUCAAACUCUGGAGCAGUUCAAGGAACAGUUCGGCGAUAAACCUAGUGAGAAGCGACCGGCUCGUUCGGAUUUGAUUGUUUUGGUGGCACAUAAUGACGAUCCGACGGACCAGAUGUUCGUGUUUUUCCCGGACGAACCGAAGAUUGGCAUAAAAACCAUCAAAACGUAUUGCACCCGUAUGCAGGAGGAAAACAUUCACCGAGCGAUCGUGGUCGUCCAAGCUGGUAUGACUCCCUCGGCCAAGCAGUCGCUGGUGGACAUGGCACCGAAGUAUAUUCUGGAGCAGUUCUUAGAAUCGGAGCUGCUGAUCAACAUCACCGAACACGAAUUGGUUCCGGAACAUGUGGUAAUGACACCGGAAGAGAAACAAGAACUGCUGGCUCGGUACAAGCUGAAGGAGAACAUGCUGAUGAGAAUCCAGGCCGGUGACCCAGUGGCUCGUUACUUCGGUUUGAAACGCGGACAAGUGGUCAAGAUUAUUCGACCCUCGGAAACGGCCGGACGCUACAUUUCCUAUCGGUUAGUGUGCUAGAUUUUAUGCUUAAGACAUUGUAACAUUAUUUUUCAUUUACAAAUAAACUAUAAUUUCCAAUUACAUCUAAAAAUCAGAUUACUAUACUUACUUA